AGUUAGCGACCGGACCCGAGACUGGCUGCUGGUCUGUAGUGGGGAGGGCGCGGGAGCAAGAGAGAGUGUGUUGCCAGAGUCGUUUCUCUUCGGAGUCAGAAGAAAUCGAGGGUCAACCCCAGAGGCGACGAACUUGUUGACGCCUCUCGUUUCCGUCUCAGCUUCGGAACGUGGGCUAGGGUUCACCCCCUCACCCCCGCGCCAGCCCUGGGAAAGGGGAGGCAGGAUGGAGUUCAAGCUGGAGGCUCACCGCAUCGUCAGCAUCUCCCUGGGCAAGAUCUACAACUCGCGGGUCCAGCGCGGCGGCAUCAAGCUGCACAAGAACCUGCUGGUCUCGCUGGUGCUCCGCAGUGCCCGCCAGGUCUACCUGAGCGACCCGUGCCCCGGCCUCUACCUGACCGGCCACCCCGGGGUCCCGGCGCCGCCGCAGCAGCCCGGGGAGCCGGCAGCCGGGCCACCCGCGGGCUGGGGGGAGCCGCCCCCGCCGGCUGCCCGAGCCGCCUGGCCAGAGCCUGAGCCGCAGCCGGAGCGCCCUGCCGUCCCAGAAGUGCCACGGGCGGAUGACGCGGAGCCCGCUGCCACGGAGCCGGGCGCCGGGGACACUCUUCAGGGCCGAGAGGCGGAGGCGGCGGAAGCUGCCUGGCGCCGCGUGGAGGGACCGCGAGACACAGCGGUCGUAGGGGCCGGGGGCCCUGCUGGAGCCUCGGACGUCUUCCCCGCGGGGCCCCGGGCAGCACGCCACCCCUGCGGCUGUCCCCCGGGGGACGAGGACACGCCGAGCGCUAACCCCCGCGUGGACGGCUGCCGCGCGCCGCGUCCGGCCGGGGACGAGCCUCCCGCGCCUCCCCCCCUCUGCCCCAGGAAGCGCGGCGCGGCGGGGGUGGGCGGCGGCCCGGCGGGCUGCCCGGUGCCCGGCUCGACCCCGCUCAAGAAACCCCGCCGGAACUUAGAGGAACAGGCGGGCGGGGCGGCCGCGGAGGAGGAAGAGGAGGCGGAGGAGAUGGAGACCGGUAACGUGGCCAACCUCAUUAGCAUCUUCGGUUCCAGCUUCUCAGGACUCUUACGGAAAAGCCCCGGGGGCGGCCGGGAGGAAGCGGAGGGAGAGGAGAGCGGUCCGGAAACCGCCGAGCCCGGGCAGAUCUGCUGCGAUAAGCCGGUGCUGAGAGACAUUAACCCUUGGAGCACUGCCAUCGUAGCCUUCUGAGCCCCCGGGGUCUCCGUCCGGGAAGGAGGUUGAGCAGCGGGCGUCCCGACGAGAGGGCUGGGCCCCUCCCGGCUGCGAGGACGCCCCCGAGACGGUCGGCGCCGAGCGCGAGGGGGAAAUCGGGUGCCGCCGGGCGGCACAGACUGCCCUUGAGCUUGGCGGCCGGCUGGGCCGUGCCUCCCGGGUCUGCUUUUGAGACUCGGGAGUACGGGGCUUAUUGGAAGAGGACGAUCGUGGACUUUUGUGUCUGUGUAUGUCACUUUGUCUUGUUGAGUUGAGACUAUUUUGUCCCCCCCGAAUGCCACACGCCUUCCCCGGGGCGUAGGGGACUGGGGGCAGACAGGGACUUUCCUCUGCCCGCAGCGCGGAGAAGGAAGCGGCUCAAAAGGCCGGGCCCCGGGGAGUUCCCCGUUCGUUCUCGGGGGAGGAAGGGACUUUACACACACCCUUCACAUGAAAGCUAGCACCGCACCGGGGCCAGGAGUGGCGUUUCCUCACAGGAUUUCCUACGACUUGGAGGGAUUUCGUCUGGAGUAGAAACGUGUAUUAUUUCUCUCCCUCCCCACCUUGCUCUCUGAAGAAGCGUUUAUACCCUGUGAUUACUCUGGAAAAGGGGAAUGUUAGCGGCCCUUGUCUUCCCCACAGGGGGAAAAAAAGCCUGAUGCACUUCACAGAAGAGAUCAAGCUUGGAAAUAUGGAGCUUAUAGAGAAAAGAUUUAUUUUGUAAAAUCUCUAGAUCAGAACUACUACACAGUGCUUUUAAAAAGUGUUUAAGGAAACAAAGUUUACAGACAAGCCCUAAGUGGAAAGACGUUAUGGUUUUGUAGAUAGUGACUCCAGUCUUUGUUGUAUAAAGGUUGGGGGAGCUGACAAGGUUUUUGUACAGUAUUUUCUCCUUCGUUGUAUUGAUUUUUGUAUAAAAAUGUAACUUUACGUGUCUAACACGUAUUAAAUAUUUUGAAGCAA